AUGUUCUCGGCUUCCUUCCCCAGUAUCUCGACCUCCUCCUCCACGUGUUCUCAGAUUCCUUCCCCAGUAUCUCGACCUCCUCCUCCACGUGUUCUCAGAUUCCUUCCUCAGUAUCUCGACCUCCUCCUCCUCUUGUUCUCGGAUUCCUUCCCCAGUAUCUCGACCUCCUCCUCCUCUUGUUCUCGGAUUCCUUCCCCAGUAUCUCUGCCUCCUCCUCUUGUUCUCAGAUUCCUUCCCCAGUAUCUCUGCCUCCUCCUCCUCAUGUUCUCAGAUUCCUUCCCCAGUAUCUCUGCCUCCUCCUCCUCAUGUUCUCAGAUUCCUUCCCCAGUAUCUCGGCCUCCUCCUCCUCAUGUUCUCAGAUUCCUUCCCCAGUAUCUCGGCCUCCUCCUCCUCAUGUUCUCAGAUUCCUUCCCCAGUAUCUCUGCCUCCUCCUCAUGUUCUCAGAUUCCUUCCCAGUAUCUCUGCCUCCUCCUCCUCAUGUUCUCAGAUUCCUUCCCCCCAGUAUCUUCCCCUGCCUCCUCCUCCUCAUGUUCUCAGAUUCCUUCCCCAGUAUCUCUGCCUCCUCCUCCUCAUGUUCUCAGAUUCCUUCCCCAGUUCUCAGAUUCCUUCCUCCUCCUCCUCUCUUGUUCUCAGAUUCCUUCCCCAGUAUCUCCUCCUCCUUGUUCCUCAUUGUUCCCAGAUUCCUUCCCCAGUAUCUCUGCCUCCUCCUCGUGUUCUCAGAUUCCUUCCCCAGUAGCCUCCUCCUCCUGUUCUCAGAUUCCUUCCCCAGUAUCUCUGCCUCCUCCUCCUCAUGUUCCGGAUUCCUUCCCUAGUAUCUCUGCCUCCUCCUCCUCAUGUUCUCAGAUUCCUUCGCCAGUAUCUCUGCCUCCUCCUCUUGUUCUCAGAUUCCUUCCCCAGUAUCUCGGCCUCCUCCUCGUGUUCUCAGAUUCCUUCCCCAGUAUCUCUGCCUCCUCCUCCUCAUGUUCUCAGAUUCCUUCCCCAGUAUCUCUGCCUCCUCCUCCUCAUGUUCUCAGAUUCCUUCCCCAGUAUCUCGGCCUCCUCCUCCUCAUGUUCUCAGAUUCCUUCCCUUGUAUCUCGGCCUCCUCCUCCUCCUCCUCAUGUUCUCAGAUUCCUUCCCCAUGUUCUAGAUUCUCGGCCUCCUCCUCCUCCUCAUGUUCUCAGAUUCCUCUGCCUCCCCUCCUAUCUCGGCCUCCUCCUCCUCCUCAUGUUCUCGGAUUCCUUCCCCAGUGUCUCUGCCUCCUCCUCCUCAUGUUCUCAGAGUCCUUCCCCAGUAUCUCGGCCUCCUCCUCCUCAUGUUCUCGGAUUCCUCUUCUUGCUCUCUGCUUCCUUUUCUGGUAUUUAUGUCCCCUUUUGUUAUGCUACUUAAUCUAG